AUGACAUUGUGUAAAACCUGUGACAAUACACGGAAAAAAGUUAUCGAGCCCGAGCAUCGAAUUCAUGGAUUAGAGAAUAAGAAGCGCCCCUUGAAGACUCUCGAUGAGCCCCAGACUUAUGAAGCUGAUGCCAACACAUUUGCUCGUCACAAUAUUCUGUGUGAAGGAAAAGGCGUCUGGACUCUUCCUGAAGGAGUACCACAGACCUUGAUGGAAUGCUUCCAACAGGGUCUCAAAGCCGCUGGAGAAGACGGUGUUUGCUGCGGAACCCCCAACGCUGAAGGAAAGUACGUGACUCAAACUUACGGCGAGCUGAAGACCACUGCUCAGCGACUGGGAAACGCCUUCAACAAGCUUGGGCUUAUCAAUGGCAAGAGCAAGAUCGCUAUCUUCUCUGCUAACUGUUUCGAGUACGACGCCAUUAUUAUUGGCGGCUACUUUCAAAAUCUCUGCAACGUUUCUCUCUACGAUACUCUUGGAGAAGAAGCCGUCAAAUUCAUUCUUGAACAGGCACAUUCAACUCUUUUUCAACAAAACCAAAAUAAGCUUGAUUUGAUUUUGAAGGUCAAGCCUGAGCACCUUAAGACCAUUGUCAUGCUAAGAGAGUACCAAACCGACAGCACUGAGGUAAAUAUUAUGAGCUUCUCUGAUUUCGUGAGCACUGGAGAUAGCGACGAUUCCAAAAAUGUUCUUCCAACCUCAUCCGAUAUGGCCACAAUAAACUACACUUCUGGAACAACAGGCAACCCCAAAGGUGUAAUCCUUACCCACAAGAACAUCUGCACUGUCGCUAUUGGUAUCCUCGUCUUUUCCACUCCCGAACCCUGGGACAACACCGAUAUUUGGUUUUCGUAUCUUCCGAUGGCUCACAUCUUUGAACGAGCUGUCCACUGUGUGCUCAUGAGCAUCGGCGCCCAGUGGUGGUUCAGCUCUGGCGAUAUCAAGAAACUACUGCCUGAGCUUGCCGUUGUCCGUCCAACCAUUUUUGGUUCAGUUCCUCGAGUCAUGAAUAAAAUUUUCGACAAAAUCAAAGCAACCAUGGCCGAGAGCAAAAUCAAGGGAUGGCUUCUUGAUGCAGCCACUUCUUCAAAACGAGAGAGACUCGACAACGGCCAGGUCACAAAUGAUACGCUGUGGGACUGUCUAGUGCUCAAAAAGGUACAAAACCUUCUCGGUGGGCGAAUCCGCACUUGGGUCUCUGGCGCUGCUCCUUUGAAUCCUACAGUCAGAGGUUUCAUCAGAGAAAUCUUCAGCUGUUACGUUAUCGAAGCCUACGGUCAAACUGAAAAUGUUGGCUGCGGAACGGCGACCUCUUUCGUCAAUUACCAGAUUGAAGACGGAUGCGUUGGGCCUCCCCAGCCAUGGAAUGAGAUAAAACUUGCAGAUGUUCCAGAAAUGGAAUAUUUCGGAAAAGACGGCAAAGGAGAGGUUUGCUUCCGAGGGGACAAUACCAUGCAAGGAUACUACAAUGAUCCUGAAAAGACUGCGGAAGCGAUCGAUGAAGACGGAUGGCUACAUAGUGGAGAUAUUGGACAGUGGAUGGAAAAUGGAACCAUUAAAAUCAUUGACCGAAAGAAACAUAUUUACAAAACCGCCUUGGGAGAAUACAUCGCGCCCGAAAGAAUUGAAGGCAUCUAUUCAAAUCACCCACAAAUCGCUCAGAUGUUCCUUUGGGGAUCUUCUCUUCAGGCCACCAACGUUGCAAUUAUCGUCCCAGAAGAGGAUAAAUUCAUGAAAGAAUAUGGAAAAGGCCGAACAUUCGAAGAAGCGUGUACCGAUCCUGACACUAUCGCUAAAUUUCUCACUGCUAUUAAUGAAUUUGCCCGACAGGACGGAGUCAAAGGAUAUGAAGUCCCGAAAGCCAUUUAUCUUGAACACGAGCUUUUCUCGAUUGAAAAUGAGCUGCUAACUCCUACCCAAAAAGCCAAACGACCAUCAAUUCAAAAGAAAUACAUGUCGAUUAUGGAGAAACUCUAUGAAGAACUGAAUAACUAA